AAACACAAGCUCAAAAUUAGCUACUAUUUUGCUUGCAAAAAAAAAAAUGAAAACUUCAUGUGUGGCUGCUUCUUCAACAACAGCUAUUUUAUUGCUUCUUCUCCUAUUUAUAUCAUCAUCCAAGGCCAAAUUAGUCUGUAACGAUGUGAUAACAUACCUUACACCAUGCAUACCCUACCUUAAAGGGGUAGAUCCUACACCAUCUUUUACUUGUUGUGAAGGAGCUAAAAAUAUUGUGUUAGUUGCAAAUGCAAGCAUGGAGGAUAAAAUGUUCACUUGUGAUUGUCUUAAGCAAACGGCAGCGUUUAUAAAUCCAAAGCCAGAUAGAGCCAAUGAUCUUCCAAACAAAUGUAGAGUUAGAUUCCCCUUCGAAAUUUCUUCAACCUUUGAUUGCUCUAGCAUUUUUGUUGGGGAUGGCAAAAGUUAAAACUGUAAAUUGAAACCAUUUGUCAGGUUAAGAGGAGGAACAAAAGGAAGAAUGAACAGCGUCCAAGCAAAACUGGAAGAAAAAAAAAAGGAGGGUGUGGGUGUUC